ACGCCGGUGUUUUGCAGCCCCGGGCAGCCCGGCAGUCCAGCCCGGCCCGGGUCAUGGUGCUGGGCCGCGGACUGCUCGGCCGCCGCAGCCUUGCCGCGCUGGGAGCCGCCUGCGUCCGCCGAGGCCUGGGUCCAGCCCUGCUGGGAGUUCUCUUCCACCACACAGAUUUGCGGAAGAAUCUGACCGUGGACGAGGGCACCAUGAAGGUGGAGGUGCUGCCUGCCCUGACCGACAACUACAUGUACCUGGUCAUCGAUGAUGAGACCAAGGAGGCUGCCAUCGUGGACCCGGUGCAGCCCCAGAAGGUCGUGGACGCGGCGAGAAAGCACGGGGUGAAACUGACCACAGUGCUCACCACCCACCACCACUGGGACCAUGCUGGCGGGAAUGAGAAACUGGUCAAGCUGGAGUCGGGACUGAAGGUGUACGGGGGUGAUGACCGUAUCGGGGCCCUGACGCACAAAAUCACUCACCUGUCCACGCUGCAGGUGGGGUCUCUCAACGUCAAGUGCCUGGCGACACCGUGCCACACUUCAGGACACAUCUGUUACUUCGUGAGCAAGCCCGGAGGCUCGGAGCCCCCUGCUGUGUUCACAGGUGACACCUUGUUUGUGGCUGGCUGCGGGAAGUUCUAUGAAGGGACUGCGGAUGAGAUGUGUAAAGCUCUGCUGGAGGUCUUGGGCCGGCUCCCCCCGGACACAAGAGUCUACUGUGGCCACGAGUACACCAUCAACAACCUCAAGUUUGCGCGCCACGUGGAGCCCGGCAAUGCCGCCAUCCAGGAGAAGCUGGCCUGGGCCAAAGUGAGUGGGGCCGUCACUGCACAGUGCCUUCCUGUGGGUUGCUCAGGGCCGCUGUGCACAGCGGGGUCGCCAGAGUGGGUAGACACUCACACCUCCGAGCCCAGAGAGCAGGCCUGGGAUUCAGGCCAGUGUGGCCCAGCUCGCCCUGCACGGCGAACCCAGGGGUUCUAUCGAGAUCCCUCUGCCUCGGAGGGUCUGGAGUAGGCCUCAGAUGCUGCGUGUCUAAAAGUGCCCAGCCUGUUCCCACAUUCUGAGCAGUAGCGUCAGGCUGGCACCACGUGGCUCUGCUGGCUCUCCAGGCCACAGAACGUGGCUCUGUGUCCAAAGGACUCUCAUCUCCACCAUGGCCUCCCAAAGUGCUGGGAUUAUAGGCGUGAGCCACCACGCCUGGCUGAGAUAUAUAUUUAAAAGAUGUUUUUCUCUCCCAGCUCAUGGCCUGCCUUUUCAUUUUCUUAACAUUGUCUUCUUUCUGGAAAAUAGUUUAUAGUUUUGGUGAAGUUCCAUUUACUUAUUUUUUGUUUGUUUCUUUUUUUUUCUUUUUUUGAGAUGGAGUUUCACUCUUGUUGCCCAGACUGGAGUGCAGUGGUGCGAUCUCAGCUCACCGCAACCUCCACCUCCCAGGUUCAAGUGAUUCUCCUGCCUCAGCCUCCCGAGUAGCUGGGAUUACAGGCAUGCACCACCACGCCCAGCUAAUUUUGUAUUUUUAGUAGAGAUGGGGUUUCUCCAUGUUGAUCAGGCUGGACUGGAACUCCUGACCUCAGGUGAUCCGCCCACCUUGGGCUCCCAGAGUGCUGGGAUUACAGAUGUGAGCCACUGCACCUGGCCUACUCAUUUUUUCUUUUAUGUUUCUUGUGCCCUUUCUAAGAUAUCUUUGCAUACCCCUAGCUCACAAAGACUCUCCUGUGUUUCUUCCUAGAAGUUUUAAAGUCUUAGCUUUUAUAUUUACAAACAAUUUACAGCGUUCCCUUUCAAGAUGGUGUUUGUGUGUGGUGCGAGGUGAGGGUGGAGGUUCACCCUCUCGCAGUGUGAUCCCGACGUGUUCAGUGCUGUCUGUCGAAGGACUGUCCUUUCCUCCCUGGAUUGCCUUGGCACCUUUCUGAAAAGAAUGGACCCUCUAUGCCCGAGUCUGCUUCUGGUCUCUGCUCUGUUUCGUUGGUCUCUAUGACUUGCCAUGGUGUCCAAGGACAGCACCUUGAUGACUGUAGCUCUAUGCUGAGUCUUGGCAUCAGUAUGUGUAAAUCCUCCAAUGUUCUUUUCCAAAAUGGUUUUAGUUGUUUUAAGCCUUUUGCAUUUCCGUUUUUAGAAUCAUCUUGUGAACUUCUACCAGAAAAGCUAGCUUGGCUUCUGAUUGGGACUGUUGUGAUAACUGAUGUGGAGAGAAUUGCGAUCUUAACAUGGAGUGUUUCUGUGAGCUUUCCAUCUAUUAAAGUCUUUAGCUUUU